GUCUAGUAAAAGCAAACGGAGUGUUAACAUAUUUAAUACGGUGGUUGUGUCGAGCAACUGUUGAAUUUUAUUGAACUAAUAUAUUUUAAAGUGUACAGAAUUGAACGGAAGAAAUCGAAUAAAAGCACAAACAUUUCGUACAUUUCGAUUGCAAACUUAAAUCCAAAGAAUUGAGUUCAAGGGGAUCAGUGUGAUUAAAUAAUUGUGGGAAGCAUUGUUAUGCUGGAGAAAUUCGAAUAAAGUAAAAAUCAUGAUAAUUUCGAUUAAAAUGUAUAAACAAUGAGUACACAAGUGAACAAAAUAAAUGUAGUGAAUGUGAAAAAGGCCAAACCAUAGUAUCGAGUCAAGCCAAGUCUAAUUACAAAAUAAGGAUCAAUAAAUAUCCAAAUAAAAUAUAUAGUUUGUAUACAUAUUCCAAAGAAUCGCAUCAACAACGAGUGCAAUAUCUAUAAAUAAGCAAGUGAAAAGACCUAAUAACCUUAACGCAAGAGAAAACAAAAACAGGAGCAAAAACAGAACAAAAUAAAAGCUGUACCUUCAUCGAAUGUUAAUGAUAAAAAACCAAAAAUGACUGUGAUACAGGAUGUGAAGCCUACUGAUGCAUGCGUAGCGGGCAUUAAUUGCUGUUCCAAUACUGCCAACUCGGAAACGUCAAUCGACAAAUCAUCCGUUUGUGUGAAUCCUAGUACCACGAGCAACGUUCUGUACAAACCGAGUAACUAUGACAACUGGGAAUCAAAUUUUGACCUUUGCAAACAGAUUGAUAUCGAAUUUGAAAAUGUUAAAUACACAGUGCGAAAGUUUAAUUUUCAUGAAAGAAAAUUUGUGACAAAAGAGAUUUUACAUGGUAUUAACGGUGCAUUCCGAGCUGGGGAACUUACCGCCAUAAUGGGUCCGUCAGGCUCUGGAAAGAGUACAUUACUUAAUGUAAUGACAGGCUUUAGAGCCACUGGUGUGACCGGUACAAUACGCGUUAACGGUGACCCCAUUUCAACAAACUCUCCCAGCUUUCGAGAACUUUCUUGUUAUAUACAUCAAGAUGACUUGUUGAGGCCUCUGAUGACUAUUGGUGAAACAAUGAUGUUGGCCGCACAUCUGAAGUUGGGAUUCAGUACCUCCAAGGAAUACAAACAGAACUUGAUCAAACAUAUUUUGGCUCUGCUGGGCCUGGAGCAUCGGUACAAUGUAUUUGCGGGGAAGUUGUCUGGCGGUCAAAAGAAACGUCUGGCCAUUGCGCUUGAGUUGAUUAGUAACCCUCCUGUUUUGUUUUUGGACGAGCCAACAACAGGCUUGGAUAGUUCGUCAUGCAGUCAAUGUGUGUCACUACUAAAAAAGUUGGCCUCUCUGGGCCAUACCAUAGUGUGUACCAUCCAUCAACCGAGCGCAUUGAUAUUCGAGAUGUUCGACAAGCUGUACACUGUUGUUGACGGAAAUUGUAUCUACCAAGGGCCAGUAAGAGAGCUUAUACCGUUCCUAGAAGGACAGGAUCUGGUGUGUCCAAGUUAUCAUAACCCAGCGGAUUUUCUGCUGGAAGUUGCUGUAGGCGAACACGAUCGCGAUUUGGUGAAACUCAUAAAUGCAGCAAAUAAAAAGUAUCACGAAGAUGCAGAUAACCAACAAAUAAAUGUGGAACACUUGCUAUCUCAUAUCAAAGGUAAUGACGCGUGCAGAAAAAUCGCUAGCAACUUGAAACGUUUCCCAAACGUCAUGUCGAAACUUACAGCUUUCGACUACGUUAAACCCGCCGCGGAUGACGUGGCUUUGGAGGAGGUGAAAUCGCUCAAUGCCAAAGCCGACAAAAGAGCAAAGUGUGAUGAUACAGAUGAUGACGGUUGCUCAGCCGGGCGUGCGAAAAGUAAUAGCCGACGUUAUGCGGCCUAUAAAGCCUUACACACCGAGCAAGCAUCAUUUAUAAUGCAGUAUUUUCUGCUUCUGAAUCGAAUUUUCAUAUGCGCUCGACGGAAUUAUUUCUUGUUGUUGGCCCGGUUGAUGUCACACAUUGUAAUUGGCCUGGUAUUUGGCUACUUGUAUAUGAAUGUCGGCGACAAAGCGACCACUGUGCUCGGCAACUACGUCUAUUUGUAUGGUACAAUUCUACUUUUAGUUUACACUGGCAAAAUGGCCGUGGUGCUAACAUUUCCCUUGGAAAUCGGAAUGUUGACCCGAGAACAUUUCAACCGAUGGUACGGCCUAACUCCGUACUUUUUAUCGAUGCUGUCUUUUGAAGUACCAUUCCAGAGUAUUUGCGCAGUGAUUUAUAUGGCCAUAAGCGUUUACCUAACUGGAAACAACACAGACGAGUGCUUUCGGAUAUAUUACUUCGUUAUAUUGGCCGUUUUAGCCACACUAAGUGCUCAAGCUUGGGGCUUCUUUGUCGGAGCAACGCUACCUACCAAGUUGGCUGUUUUCUUGGGUCCCAUUUUGGCAGUGUUGUUUUCGGUGUUUGGAUUCUGCACGCGAUACAUCGACAUCACGCCUAUCUUUCGCUGGAUGUGGCAUAUCAGUUAUUUUCGAGCAGGCUUCCAUGGAGCACUUAAUGCCAUUUAUGGCCUGGAACGCCCGUUCCUAACAUGCCCCGAUACUGCAAUGUAUUGCCAUUUUCGAAGUCCUAAAGUAUUUCUUAAUUACAUGAUGAUCUCAGAUGUAAAUAUGGCGGACUGUGUCACGCUGAUGGUUGCCGUGAUUGUCGUUAUGCAUAUACUUACCCUAAUAACGCUCUGGCACAAACUGAACAAACGUUUCAAAAAUAAAACCCGGAUCACUAAAAUGUGUACACCGAACAUAAACUUUGGAUUGCUUUCCGCAAUCGAAGUUUCUUAUAGUACAAACAGUCUGCAAACCGCAAAGAAAACUGACACCGAAGACAACAACUUCAAUUUGAGCAAAAGUAACAGCAAAAGCACAAAUAAUAUAAAUACAAAUGAACGUACUACCCCACGUGAUAAACAAGGUUGCAUAAAACUCGGAAAGGCGAUUUCAGAGUCAGCGAUGGGUGAAAUACCAACCACAGAAACCAACCCGACAACACCAAAGACUACAAUGCCACCAGCAGUAUGUAAGUACGAUUGCCAUAAAACGUAUUGUUUGGACAGCAAAUCAAUAAGUAGACAACUUUCGAAAAUCGAGUCCUUUGAAAGCCAGAUUGCCGAUACUUGCAACGAAACACUUUCGAAUGUUGGAUGUUCUGCAGCAAGUAAAAAUCUUCAGCCUCCUCCAUAUGAAAACAUACCUUCGGGGGAAGCAACCACAUCACUAUCUCCCGAAUACUCGAAGCAAGUCAAAUCUCUAAACAUAAGUUUUGAAAAUAUUUGCUAUGGAGUUAAGACCGGAUUAUUUAAAAGAGGAGAUAAGCAGGUACUCAAUGGUUUGACGGGAGAAUUCCGUUCCGGUGAACUCAGUGCAGUCGUAGGUCCAUCUGGUGCCGGCAAGAGCACACUGCUCAAUAUUCUCUCAUCAUAUACGCUAUAUGGCUUUUCGGGAGAUAUACGGAUCAACGGUAAUCCCCGUGACGUAAAAACAUACAAACCAAAUGUAGCCUUCAUCACUCAGGAUACCACACUGCAGCCUUUUCUUACCGUUAAGGAGGCAAUGAAUUUCGCUGCUAACCUUAAAAUCGGGCCACAGAUGAACGCGAUGCAAAAACGUGAACGGGUGUUGAAAAUUCUGAAGGCUAUGGGUUUACUUGAGUCGCUCAAUACGAGGACUGGCGAUUUAUCGGGUGGCCAGAAGAAACGAUUGGCGAUUUCACUGGAAAUUGUGAAUAACCCACCUGUUUUAAUAUUAGAUGAACCAACGAGUGGCCUGGACAGCUCUACAUCUAAUCAGUGUAUUUCUCUAUUGAAAACUCUGGCGAUGGAGGGACGUACCAUCAUAUGCACAAUUCAUCAGCCCAGCGGAAUAGCAUUUCGAAUGAUUGAUCAUCUGUUCGCAAUUGCAGAGGGCUCCUGCAUAUAUGCAGGUAGAACAGAUAAUUUGGUUCCCUUUCUAGCGGAGAAUGGUUUAUACUGUCCACAAUCGUACAAUCCUUGCGAUUUUCUUAUGGAAAUAGGAACAAACGAUUAUGGUCCAAAUAAUCAACGGCUUAUUGAGAAAAUACAAAACGGUCGUAAUACUGGAUAUCGAUUGGCCAAUCAUUCUUUAUCCUUUUCGACAGCAGAUGCAAAGUCAACAACUAGUACUAAUGUGCCAUUGAAACCCGUUGAAGAAUGGACAUCCCGCGUCUCCCACACGUACACACAUACCAAAGAGCAACAGUAUCAAUCUUGUACUGAUAGUAAAUUAUCCAAACCGAGGAAAUCGAGAAUGUCAAUCGAUACCGGACAUCUUUGUAAACGUGACAAUGUUUAUGCUACACCGUUUUACCGUCAAUUAGCGGUUUUGUUAAGACGUACUUUUCUGCUUCUUUGGCGUGAUAAUUCACUUACAACUCUGCGAUUCAGUAUUCAUUUCGGCGUAGCGCUGCUUAUCGGCUUCCUUUACUAUGACAUUGGAAAUGAUGCAGCGAAUGCAAUGAAUAUUUUUCGUUAUGCUUUCUAUACAAUAAUGUUCAUCAUGUUCUGUGCCUUCUCUUCGAUCCUAACGAAAUUUCCUCUAGAGUUUCCCAUAGUUUCUCGAGAACAUUUCAAUCGUUGGUAUUCACUUCGAGCAUAUUAUAUUGCGAUUACUUUGGCCGAUAUACCAAUACAAAUUAUAUGCACGAGUCUCUUCAUAUUUCCCACGUACUAUCUGACUGGACAACCUAUGGAUUUAACGCGAUUCGCUUUGUACUUCACGAUAGUGUUCCUUACAGCUCUUGUAGGACAAAGCAUUGGACUUAGUGUGGGCUCUGCUCUUAGUGUUCAUUAUGGUGCCAUUUUUGGUCCAUUUUUUAUUUGCCCCUUCUUGGCGUUUUCUGGAUUUUUCCUUCAAAGAAAAGACUCUCCUUUCUAUUUAAAAUGGAUGUUCGACAUUUCGUUCCUCAAGUACGCUUUGGAUGGCUCAAUGUUGUCGCUUUUCGGUUACGGUCGGGAAAAAUUGGAGUGUAAAGAAAUGUACUGCCAUCACUCCCAUCCUGCGUUCUUCCUUAGGGACAUGGAUUUGGCCAAUGCAAAUUAUAAACUGGCUGCCAUAUUUUUGUUAUCGAUAUUUAUCAUACUAAGAAUUCUCGCAUUUUAUAUUAUGUCGUUCAGGUUGAGAUUAUUCAGAUGAAAUAUGUUGUAUGUAUUAUAAGCAAGCAUUUUGUAUCAUAUAAUUAACUUACAUCCCUGUAUACAUACUAUGAAAUUUUACUAAAAUGGAGAAUAGCUUAAAAUAAGCACCUAGUACACAGCAACUAUGAAUAUACCAGAGCAAUACAUACAAAUGUGAUGUGUAAUGUAUUUACCAGAGAAUUAAUUUUAAGCAUUUAAGUUAUUAAGAAUAACUAAACGGAAACCGAUUUACAGUUUCAUAGUUAACCUCAGAGAUAAUGAAAUGUUAGCUCAAAAUUGUGAGAGCGUAAGAAGUGAAAUUCUAAAAAAUAUUGAAGAGUUCUCAACUUUGACCUCGACAAUCACUUUUUAAGUAAUAGGGAAGUUUAAGAAAGUAUUUCGAUUUGCUUUUUUGUUUUGGCAAUACAUAGAUGCACCAUUAAAAUCGUCUAAGUUUUUCUAUAAGGAAUAUUCGAUGUUCAUAUAUUUCUUGCGAUAAAAUUCAAAUAACACCAUUCACAUGUACUAUUGCCAUGAAAUUGAAUUAAAUACAUGUUAUUUUGUUUUUGUUUUAUUUUGAUUAUUGAAGAUUAUUUAACGUUUAGAGCAUUACUAUGUUUCAAAAUAAAAUUAAAAAUAAAAUUUCCAAAUUUCAUAUUUACUUAUCCACUCAAGUAUUUAAAACAUUAAUAUAAUAAAGGUAUUUUGAGCUAAAAAAUGGCUUUAAAUAAUUUAAGGGCUCUAUUUAAUAAAUAUUAAUAACAAUGGUUAAAAAUAUAUGUGUUUAUUUAAGUUUGCGUUUAUAUAUUGAAUUUAGUAAGUUCAUACCAUUCCUUUGGAGACUCACAUAUUUUUUGUAAAGCUUGUACAUGAAAUAGUCGUUAAUUCAGAAAAUUUUUCAUCUCACCAAAUUUGACGAGAGUUACUGAAAGCAAAUACAUUUCCCAAAUUUGUAAUACAGAACUUUAUUGUCGCCUUAAAAUUUCAUACUGUUAGUAUAGAUUUUUGGAUAAAUACUCAAUGGUAAUUAUGAUGAAGUUUCCAUAUAACAAAUGUGGUGUGUCAGUAACGUACGAGCUAAAAGUAGCCUAUUUCUGAUCAAUUUGUUUCAAUAAUAUCGUCCGUGGAUAUUACUUUCUGGGAAGGUUUACAAACAAAUUCAAACUACUAAAAUAAUAAAUAAAAAUAUUUUUAACAUUUGCCUCUUCGAUACAUUUCUGUUUAACUCCCACAAUUGAUCAUAAAAUCAUAACACGCAUGAGAAAGUAUUACAAUAUACACGACAUCGACCUGGGAAAAAAAUCUUCCAUUUAUUCGGCCUACACAUGGUGUGAAAGUUAGUUUAGUCCCAUUCUUUUGUAUCAACUGUUAGAACUUCCCUAUAUCAAAAAUUGUAUAAAAGUUUUAUCAAUAUAAUGUAUUUGGAUGGACAAAAUAAAAUAAAAUCAAAAGCCGUUUGACACGGAAAACCACAUUUAUUAUGAUAUGAUUAUUAAUCCGAAUAUUUUCACUAAUAGAUAAUCCAUAACAAAUGUACUUUAAAAAGGUAUAUAGAUCCUUUCCAAUCACUUUCCAAAAAAGUAUUUUCCAUUUUUAAUUUUUUACCAAUUUAAAACAAAAGAAAUUUUAAAUAAAUAUUGUACUACAUGUUUACUUUCUUGUCCUUGUUGAAUACUAAAAAUUAUAAAGCAAUCGCGAUAACUAUAGAGAUACACAUAUGCUAUUUUAAAGCAAAACCUUUGUGGGAGAAAGUUGAAUAAUUGCCUUCAACCACAUUCUGGAAAGAUAUAAAAUUAUUAAAAAUCCUUCUCCACUCGGCAAAAGGUAUUUAAUACAUAUCAGUGGUUUCUCGUGGUCCAUGAAUACAGCGCCGUGGACUAUGAAUUAAAAUCCUGCCCAGACAAAAUAUAAUAUUUAUAAACCUUGUUGCCCCUGCAGGACACUUUGAACCUCGCUGUCUACUUCAAACGCCCCAAAUGGCACUAGAACUUUUAUUUAAGCACUUGCAUCUCAUUCAGGCGUUUUUCAUCAUACAAAAUUUGCACAUUGGAAAGAAAUUCUCAUUUGAAAUUAAUUGGCCCCGCCAUAACUAUAUUGAUUUAUAGCAGUUCAUAUAUUGCAAAUACAAUAUAUGUGUAUACAGGAGAAUCGUCUUAAUUGCUGUAAGCUUCAAGUCACAGAAAGAGCGAUCAAUGUGCGAAUGAUCGCCUUUGUACUCACGGUUUUCACUCUUUGAAACUUUCAUGUUAUCACUAAAUAAAUCGGCGAGCAACAAGUGUGAGCGGCUGCAUAUUUCCAAACGGCCAUGGAGCUCCAAGCUAACAACGCGAUUAGAAGGCAAUCAGUCGAAGUCGGUAAAUUCACAUGACAAAUGUUCACGAGUGUACGCGGAAACGGCAGCUCAUUAUGUUAUGUUUGAUUUAAAUUGCUUAAUUAAAUGUGUGAAUUAGACUUAAAUUGUGGCAUCUAGAACUACUAAAUCUUAGAUGACACUUAUAAAACUAUAC